AGAAGCUCAAGCCCGCGACCACGGAGGACCUCGACCGCGAAGACGAGGACGAGAAUCAGGAGCUGGAAGAGCUGAAGACGGAGUUCGAGCCGCUCGCCGCGCCCAGCGACCUCGCCGAUGCCUUCGUCCAGGAGUGCGAAAACGCGAUCCUCGACCUCCCGAUGAGUACUACGAUCCCCGCGAGUGAAGAGAUCGUGGACGCGGCCCUCGAGCGCUGGGAGGCCAAUUCCGAGACCCACUCCUUCUGGCAGUCCCCCGACGCGUUCUGGGCCAUCAAAGCGAUGGUGGAGCAGACCCUCCAGCUGCUCGACAGUGCCGCCGAGGACCGCUCUCGACCUCGGCGACGUCAGGCUUGCGAAGGCUAGCCACGACCGCCCGUGCCUCUGGCCCGCCCGCCUCGGCCCCGCCCUGCCGCUUCGCUGCAGCGUCGCCGAGUGCGCCCCAGAAGCAUCGUUGAGAGCGAUAGGACCGGAUGGGUCCUGCGACGGGCUGCCAGGCGCUGUACACGUUCUUUGCCAGUCAGGCUUGGCACAC